UUCUGGGAAUUAAAAAAGUCAAGACAAUUAGUAUUACUCAGUACACGGUGUAGGCCUGUCAUUCUUAUAUAGCUAACGGAAUGAGUCCAUUUGGCACUCUAGUGUAGUCACGACCGUGCAUGCUGAAGUGUGUCAAAUAAGACAUCGAAGACUCACAGGGCAGCACAUAUGCGUGGAGCCCAAGAAUGCCGGUAAUUUUUUAUUUUACCAGGAGCGUCUUUGUAUGUCUGGUGAGGAGGGGUCUUUGGUCAAGUGAUGAUGUCCACGUAUGAUGAUUCUGCGAGUGUUCCAUCACUGGGAAAAGCAGACGACUUGCAUCAACAAGUCCUUGCCUCAUUCCCACUGUGUCAGCUGACAGAAGAAGACCUGACCCAGCAUCCUCUAUUCUGCAAGCUCCUGGCAACGCUGUCACAGCAUGUGGACCGCACUGGCCUUACUGUCACACUGAAGAGAGAGCUGGAGAAGGCUGAGAGGGACCUGCAGACACAGAGGCUUAGCUGGCUGUGCUCAGAGAGCAUGUACAGGCUACUGCAGGAGAUGAUCCAGGAGCACUGUGUCAGAAAGCAUCACUCCACUGUGGCCCCAGAGGACGGCACGUUCUAUGAAACUGUGGAGCAGUGUCUGGUGGUGGCCCAGUGUGUCAGGCAGCUGAACCCGAGUGCCACCGCGAGCCAGGACCAGCCCCCUGUUCUAGGACUGAGUGCCCAACAGGUGCUCGAGCUGAUGCCACAAGAGCAGGAUGUAUGGAAAAUGAAACAGCGACUGCCUAGAGAACUAGAAAAGCAUCUGAAGAAGAAAUGUUUCAGCGUCCUCUCCUACUAUCAGCCUAAAUGGGAGGAUGAGAGUGAAGGGCUGAAGAACAUGAAGCUGUCUCGCUUGUCUGGCCUCCUGGAGAGAGAAAGGAAAAGAGCAGAGAGUCUGAAGGAGAAGUGCCGUGAGAGUGCCUCCCUGCUGCAAAGGCAGACUCACUGCUACCUCUCUGAGCUGUUAGGGUGCAUCCAGAUUCUCCAGUCUCUGAUCCUGGACCACAGGCUGAAAGCCCAGAAAGAGCUGGACAGGAAAAAGAUUGAUUACUUUGAGGCCAAAUGUGAGAUCAUCAUGCAGAAGAUCAGAGCUGAGAUGUUGGAAAUUCAGCUAGAUACCUACACAGCAGACACAAUAUCUGCCCAUAAAAAAAUAAGGGAGAAGCUGGAAACGGAGCUGAAUGCCUCCCAGUUAGAGAAGCAGUCUGUGGAGUGCAAACUUUCGUCCUUUGAGAUAUUUGGCAAGGAAUUUGAGGCUCUAGCUGAGGAAUAUUCCAGACUGCGUCAGGAGAUUGACACCAAGAGUUGGGCUCUGAAGGAAUUCUCUCAGCACACGGACUGACUCGGAAUUGACAUCAGACAGUUCUGUUUCAGAAAAACACAGUUAAGAGUCUUGUCCGGAUGUUUUCAAGAGAAUUUUCUUCACACUUUUGUUGACUAGCUAUCUCCAUAGUGUAAAAUUAUGGUUUUGAUUGUUUUUUGUUAUAAAAUGUAUGAUUACCUGGUGGUGUUUUGAUUGUUGUUCAGUUUAAUAAUCCCACUCUGAUAUAGCAUAACAGUACAUUCAGAAUCCUACAUUUUCAUGUAAUUGUUGGCAUUUCCUGCCUAAAUUUUCCCACUUUGCUAAUGAAGUAAUCAUUAAAAUAAUUGGCAACAUCAAAUGGUUUUGUGAUGAAUAAACCAUUUCAUUUGAUGAAAAAA